AUGCGUUUUAUGUCUGGCAGAUACCAGAGGGACGGACUUCAGUGGCUUGCGUCACUGCAUGCCAAUGGCCUCAAUGGUAUCCUUGCAGACGAGAUGGGACUAGGCAAGACAGUCCAGGUGAUUGCACUGCUCUGCUAUCUCGUGGAGGUGAAGAAGAUUCCGGGGCCCUUUCUCAUUGUGGCGCCAGCAUCUGUUCUUCCCAACUGGGUGGCCGAGUUUGCCCGAUGGGCGCCUUCCCUCCGUGUUUCCAGAUAUUCUGGCAUGCCUGACAAACGGGCUGCUAUAUUCAGUCGUGAGAUCAACCCAUGGACACGACGCCCUCAUAACACUGGGAAUGACGGUGGAGAGGCGCAGAGGAAGUGGCUUGAGGAGCGAGGAGUGGCAAACGUGGUGGUGACCACGUAUGAGAUGCUCAUGGGCAAGCUUGACCGGCCGCGGUUGAUCCGCCUGUCGUGGGAGUAUGUAGUACUUGAUGAAGGGCACAGGAUCAAGAGCGCGGAGUGCAAGCUCAACGCUCACCUAAAGUCGUACAAGUCGAAUCACCGAAUUCUUCUCAGCGGCACGCCUAUCCAGAACAACUUGGAGGAGCUCUGGUCGCUGCUCAACUUCCUCCUGCCCUCCGUAUUCAACUGCGCAUCAGACUUCGCCUCCUGGUUUUCCCAGCCUCUAUCACACGUUCUGCCCAAAAAGGCGGGCUCCAGCGCUCGAGGGGGAAGUGCAGACUCAGUGCAGGAGGAUGUGUUGGGCGAGGAGGAGAGGCUGCUGCUGAUUAACCGCUUGCAUCAAGUCCUUCGGCCGUUUGUCUUGCGGCGACUCAAGCACAAGGUGGCAUCAGAGCUGCCAAAGCGCCUGGAGCGCCGUAUUCCAUGUGCUGCGUCUGCAUACCAGCAGUGGCUCAUUCAGCAAGUUCUGCAGCAUCAAGACCUCUCUGCAGGCACCACCAACACUCCGGUUAACAACGUUUACAACUUCAGCCUCCCGAUGACGAGGAAGAGAAGCGCCCCCUCCAUCAUGAACGCAGUAAUGGAGCAGCGGGGCAUCUGCAACCAUCCGUUCCUCUCCACGCUGCACGAUCGCGAGGUUCAGGAGAACCUUCCAAACGGCCCCCUCCCACCACUGCUCAGCACGUGUGGGAAGCUGGAGACUCUGCACCGCAUUCUGCACAAGCUGCAUGCUGCCAAGCACAAGGUGCUGCUGUUCUGUACCAUGACCCGGCUGCUUGACAUUGUGGAGGAGUACAUUGAAGGGCAGCAGAAGAUGCAUGCAGAAGCGCAGGAGAAGAAGAAGCUUCUGUUGGAGGAGGAGAAGAAGAAGCAGCAGCAUCAGCUGGCGAAGGGAAAACAGCAGAAAGGCAAGGCGGAGGAGGGAAAGGGUUCGAGUGUGCUGCGGCAGGUGACCAGACGCCAGCAGCAAGCAGAAGCGGAGCAGUUAACCAACCAGACACCUGAAGUGCAUGCUUCUUGCAGCUCCUCCACACCUUCAGCCAGUGGCAGUAACCCUUGGAACUACUUCAGGCUGGAUGGAAGCACUGGCGGCAAUGAGAGGGAGGAGUUGGUUCGGGAGUUCAACAAGCCGGAUUCUGAUGUCUUUAUAUUCCUCCUCAGGUGCAUCACUGCCCCUCACAUUCGUUGCCUCGGCCUGUUACGUGUUGUGUCAUAG